GAAAGGCGAAGCAUCACUUUAACUUAAUUUAACUUUAACCAGCCAACACUGGAACUCCAGCCGGACGUAUUCUGGGGAUUACUAUCAUUUGAACCAUCGAGGGGUUUUGCAAAGGUUUUUGUGUGUGUUGGAGUUCCGUUUGACCAUGGAUUCAGUCGCACCUGGGAAAAAAAGGGUGAGUUCAGAGCGGAGAAAGGAGAAAUCCAGAGAUGCAGCGCGUUGUCGGAGAGGAAAAGAAUCCGAGGUGUUUUAUGAACUGGCCAGAGAACUGCCCCUCCCCCACAGUGUCACCUCUAACCUGGAUAAAGCAUCUGUCAUAAGACUCGCACUCAGUUACCUGCGCCUGCGUACACUACUGAAAACAGAUGUACUGGACGUGGAGUCUGAAUUAGACUCUCAGUGGAACAGUUCAUAUCUGAAAGCUCUGGAUGGGUUUCUCAUGGUUCUUUCUGGUGAUGGCGACAUCGUCUACCUGUCGGAGAGUGUCAGCAAGUGUCUGGGCCUUCCUCAGGUCGACUACACUGGACAUAGUGUGUUUGAGUUUACUCAUCCGUGUGACCAUGAGGAGCUCAGAGAAAUGCUGGCACAGAGGACUGGUCUGUCUAAGAAAGCAAAGGAGCAGCACACAAACAGAGGUUUUCUGUUGAGGAUGAAAUGUACACUGACCAGCAGAGGGCGCACUGUCAAUGUCAAAUCUGCCUCCUGGAAGGUGCUGCGCUGUUCGGGCCAUAUCCACACAACAGAUGGCAUCAAGAAAGGUGUGGUUGAGGAAAACAAUAUGAGUUCUUCGUACCUGGUGCUCAUCUGUGAGUCUAUUCCCCACCCGAUGAACAUUGAGGCUCCUCUGGACUCUAGAACAUUUCUCAGCCGCCACACUUUAGAUAUGCGCUUCACCUAUUGCGAUGAGAGGAUCACAGAGCUGUUGGGUUUUGCUCCAGUAGAACUGUUGCAGCAUUCUGUGUAUGAAUACUAUCACGCACUGGAUUCUGACCGCAUGACCAAAGCACACCACUACUUGUUUGUGAAGGGACAAGUGUGUACUGGACAGUACCGGCUGCUGGCUAAAGCAGGAGGGUUUGCUUGGGCAGAGACUCAAGCCACUGUAAUCUAUAACAGUAAAAACUCCCAGCCACAGUGUGUGGUCUGUGUUAACUAUAUCCUCAGUGGCAUUGAACAGCCCAAACAAAUCCUGUCCCUUCAACAAACCAACAGCACAAACAUAAAACAGGAACAGGAAGAACACCACGAGGAGUCAUUCGGGACUGAAGUGACUGUGGCAGACUUGAAAGAGGAGGCAAAGGAUGAGAAGAAAGAAGAGUGUGUGAGAGAUGAGCUAUACGACAGUCUGAAGGGGAAGCCAGAGGCACUGACUGUAGUAGACUCAAUCCUCACACUGGAUAUCAUCAGCACAGACUCCUCAAUCUCUGUGUUGACAGAAAUUCCUCUCUACAAUGAUGUUAUGUUGCCCUCUUCAAGUGCCCUGCUACCCCUCUCACCCCUCGCUCCUCCCUACUCCUCCCUAAAUGAUGAUGAUGUCUCCACAGCCAAUCUACAACCUGACGACUUCCCCUUUCCACAAUCUUCGGCUCCUGAUUCUUCCAGAUCCCAGGUUGAUCUCUCUGUGGAUUCAGAAUUAAGUGACCAUCUAAAACCGGAUCAUGUGGAAAGACUAUUUUCCAUGGAUAUAGAGUCCAAGACAACAUUUAAUACACAGGGUGUGGGUUUGGAUCUGGAUAUGUUGGCUCCAUACAUUCCCAUGGAUGAUGAUUUCCAGCUGCGGACUGUUUCUCCAGCUGAGUCGAUGUGUUCCAGCCCAGGUUCAGUGCUUGAACUGACCCCCUCCAGCAGCACACAAACUGCCCCUGCUCUCCCAGCAGCCCCUCUAGACUUCUGUGACACCCUUCCACAGAACAUUAGAACCACAAACCAGGGCAACAGCAGCGAAAUUAUUCAAGACAGUGAUAUUUCUUCUAAAUGUCAGACAAACCCAAAGCUACUCAAGAGGAAAUUGGAGACCAUACCUUUGUCUGAAGCAAUAAAGCUGGGUUCUGUGCUGCAGGUGGUGAAUGGUUUUCCAGAGAAAAAGAUCAGAAAACCAGACGCUUCUGAAUCAGAAGGGCUUCGUCACGCCACGAUACUGUUGCUGCCAUCUGAUGUUGCGAGAAGGUUAUUGAGCAGAUCAUCAGAGGGUGGAGCCAUAACGAUGCCCCUCCCCCAGCUUACCCGUUACGACUGUGAGGUAAAUGCUCCUGUGACUGGGCGGCAACACCUGUUACAGGGGGAGGAGCUACUGUGUGCCUUGGACCUAGUUAUUUAA